UGUUUUGGGCGGGGCUAUCUAGAUUGAAUUGUCAUACUGGUGCUGCACACCAAAAAGUGUGAGAUGGAGGCGAGAGUUUCAAAUGUAGAAAUCUGUAACUUGGCUUACGGCGGAAAGUUUGAAGAAUUAAAGAAAUGCGUCUUGUCUGACAGCUCACUAGCGACGAAAUCAGACCAGGACAGCAGGACAGCUCUACAUUGGGCUUGUUCAGCAGGACACGUGAAUAUCGCGCAGUUUCUGUUGGACCUUGGAGUAGAAGUGGAUCUUAAAGAUGAUGCUUGUUGGACUCCUCUUCAUAUAGCAGCAUCUGCUGGGAGAGAAGAAAUCGUCAAAUCUCUAAUAUCCAAAGGAGCCCAGCUGAACUCUGUUAACCAGAAUGGUUGUACGCCUUUACACUACGCAGCAUCUAAAAACCUAUACGAGAUAGCCCAGAUUUUGCUGGAAAAUGGCGCAGAUCCUAAUGCAACAGAUAAACUGCAGUCCACACCACUGCACAGAGCAUCUGCCAAGGGCAACUACCGCCUCAUUCAGCUUCUGUUGAAAGAGAGCGCUUCUACCAACAUUCAAGACUCUGAAGGAAACACACCACUUCAUCUUGCAUGUGACGAGGAGCGAGCAGAGGCUGCAAAACUCCUGGUGGAGCAUGGUGCCAGCAUCUACAUUGAAAACAAAGAAAAGAUGACUCCUCUGCAGGUGGCUAAAGGUGGGCUGGGCUCUGUGUUGAAACGCAUAGUGGAGGGUUGAUGGACCCUGAGAAAAAAAAUUUAGAAAUGCACUUAAAGCUUUUUUUUAUAAGCUGCUGGUCAAUAAUGAAUGCUUCUCAGAGAUGGUGAUAGAAAGAAAAUGCUUAAUGGUGGGAGUUUUUUAAAACGAGGCAAAAAACAAUGCUGUGUUCAGAUUUUGGCAGUAUGUUGGUCUCUUUUCAUGCAUUUUAUUGAGUACAUGAGUUUAAGGCUUACAAAAAACAUUCUGAAUAUUAUUUGUCUUUUCCUGCCAUAGAUGCUUUAUUUCUGUUAAAUCUACAGCUCGUUUUGUCUUUGUUAGUUUAAUGUAAAAAGUCAUUUCUAAUUUUGUAUCACUCUGAAAAGAUUACAACAUCAGUGUUUUCUUCCAUCUUGA